AGAAAAGUAAAGCCAUUUAUUCGCUGAAGAUGGUCUCAAGAGAACCCUAGUCGCUAAGCAGCAAAAUUAGGGUUUCAAUUCAGCGCCACUACUCUUAAAAAAAAAAAAAAAAUUACUCUGCUUUUCUUUUACCAACAAAAAUGGCUGCCGGCAAGAAAACUAAGAAGACUCACGAGAGCAUCAAUAACAGACUGGCUUUGGUUAUGAAGAGUGGAAAGUAUACUCUCGGUUAUAAAACCGUGCUUCGCUCUCUUAGGACCUCAAAAGGGAAAUUGAUUAUAAUCUCGAACAAUUGCCCACCAUUGAGAAAAUCUGAGAUCGAGUAUUAUGCUAUGCUUUCUAAAGUUGGAGUUCAUCAUUAUAAUGGAAACAAUGUUGAUUUAGGAACCGCUUGUGGCAAGUAUUUCCGUGUUUCAUGCCUGAGCAUUGUUGAUCCAGGUGAUUCUGAUAUCAUCAAGUCCCUCCCUGGUGAUCACUGAGCAGUUUGAAUAUCUGCUGUUGUUUUGCAGAAGUAUUAGUUCCUUUUUUUAAAUCCUCUUUACAUUUUAGAAUAUGCCCCCAGACGUUUCAGUUUGUUACUAUUUUCCAAAAGUUAUGUACUUAUUUGUCAAUUUUUUUUUUGGUUAUGGAGAUAGCAAGCUUCUGUUUUA